UCUUACCGCGUGCAGCGGAAAUAGUACGCUAGUUGUAAACAUUGCUGCCUGUUCAAAGGUUGAAGUUAAAAGUAAAGUGAUAGUUACUUUUACUGCUCUUUAUCGUCUAUUUAUUAACUUGUCCUUAAAGAGAAUUCAUCUGAAAGGGCCCAAGAGUCUUCAGUAGAACAAACAGUCUAAAUACAGGGUGUGAAGAAAAUAGAUGAUGUCUUCGUCCCCCACUACCCCUUCUGUCCUCCUAAAUACGGGGGUUCAGAUGCCCAUCCUGGGUUUGGGGACCUACAAGUUAGUGGGUCCUGAAGACGUCUGCCGGGCUGUGGAUGCAGCGCUGGUUGCUGGUUAUCGGGCCUUUGACAGUGCAGCCAUUUAUGAGAAUGAAGCUGACCUGGGCCGGGCCCUGAAGGAGCUCCUGCCCAAACAUGGCUUAACCAGAGAGGAUGUGUUUAUCACCAGUAAACUGGGCUCAAUGGAUCAAGGUGACAGAGCCAUGGAAGGAGCCCUUCACAGCCUGUCUCAGCUGGACUUGGGUUACAUUGACCUCUACCUGAUCCACUGGCCUGGCACACGAGGUCUGGAUGUGGCUGACCAACGCAACCAAAGCAAUCGAGCUCAGAGUUGGGUCACACUGGAGGAGCUGCAUGCUCAGGGGAAGCUGAAGGCAAUAGGAGUGUCCAACUACACACCAGCACACAUGAAAGAACUGAUAGAGAGCUGCAAAAUCCCUCCUGCAGUGCUCCAGGCGGAGUUUCACCCAAGGCUGUGCCAGACAGAGCUGAGGAGUGUGUGUAAGGAGUAUGGAGUGUGUUUCCAAGCGUACUCUUCCUUAGGGAAAGGAGACCUGGUCACUGACCCUGUGGUCAUGGAGGUGGCAAAGAACUGUGAUUGCACACCUGCACAGGUCCUGUUGCGCUGGGCUGUGCAGCAGAGUGUCCCAGUGCUGCCCAAGUCGUCCAAUCCAGACAGAAUAAAGGACAAUGCCAGGCUUUUUGACUUCACACUGAGUGACACAGACAUGGACAGACUGUCAGCUUUGGACUGUGGGCGAAAGUACUGCCGGGAUGCAUCAAACGUGGUUUGAUAGACCACAAGUUGUCUUCCAUGAUGCCUCUUUAAUGCUGCUGUUCUUUAUCUCUGACUGGCAGUGAUGCAGCGGUGGUAAAACACCACCAGAAAACGUGGGAAUUUGGAGUUUAGAUAAAUGUUUUCGAUAAAUGUAUGUUAAUCAGUAUUUUAGAAUCCAAGUAACAUUUGCCAAUACAUUGUCUUGUCUAUUGUGACACAUGUGCCAUUAAUACCAAGAGCCCUCAGGCAUCACACCUAUAGGUUAGUGCCUACUGACCAAAACAGUGUUUGCUGUUGUUAACACAUCUGACAAUGUUCCUUAUUCUAGUUCCAUAUUGAAAGUAAUAUUAUGUCUUUUGUGUUCUAGCUUUUCCAUUUAAAUUGGCUAUGAAUUCUGACAUUUUCAAAGUGUCUUUUAAGAAUGACAUAAGAAACUCACUUCAAAACCACUCUUAAAAUUAUUUAUUCAGAAACAGCAUAUACCAGAAGUUUCACAGCUGUAGAGAAAAUUUACAAAAAUCAUUAAAAAGUGAAAAGGAAUCCAACAAAAAAGACAGAUAUAUUAGAAUUCAAUUUUCUCCACACACAUCUCCAGAUUCAAGUAAUACCAAGGUAUGGUUGCAAAACUCCAGGUGCCCAGGCAGGUUUUUCUUCUGGGAUGUGUUCACUGUCAUAAAUGUUAAAAAAAAAAAAAGGCAAAACCACAACAUGACUUCCUCUGAAAUGGGUUUUCCAGCAUUAGCCAUUAUAAUGUAUUUUCACAGUU